UUUGGCAAACUGCAGCAGCAUCUGGAGGUUUUCUUUUUACAGCUGUCGCUAGUUUGCAGAGAAAGCAAGGGUUAUAUUUUCGUGCAAGAAGGCGGCAUUGGAAAUAAGCAACCUGAGGUCAGUGAGCAUCUGCACAGUGGACACAGGGAUUAUGGCUGCCAAUUCCGCUACUGUGCGGAUUCUUAUAAAAGGAGGAAAGGUAGUGAAUGAUGACUUCACCCAGGAGGCAGACGUUUAUAUUGAGAAUGGGAUUAUUCAGCAGGUGGGUCGGGAACUCAUGAUCCCCGGGGGGGCAAAAGUCAUCGACGCCACUGGCAAGCUGGUGAUCCCAGGGGGCAUCGACACCAGCACCCACUUCCACCAGACGUUCAUGAACGCCACCUGCGUGGACGACUUCUACAACGGCACCAAGGCUGCACUUGUUGGAGGAACCACCAUGGUGAUAGGCCACGUGUUACCAGACAAAGAGACGUCCCUACUGGAGGCCUAUGAGAAAUGUCGAGCCCUGGCUGACCCCAAGACCUGCUGCGACUACGCCCUCCAUGUGGGGGUCACCUGGUGGGGGCCCAAGGUGAGGUCUGAGAUGGAGACCCUAGUGAGGGAGAAGGGAGUGAACUCGUUCCAGAUGUUCAUGACCUACAAGGAUCUGUACAUGCUUCGGGACAGCGACCUCUACCAGGUCUUCUGCACCUGCAAGGAUAUCGGGGCUGUGGCACGAGUCCAUGCAGAGAACGGGGAGCUGGUGGCGGAGGGUGCCAAGGAAGCUCUGGAUCUUGGUAUCAGUGGACCUGAAGGCAUCGAAAUCAGCAGGCCAGAGGAGCUCGAGGCAGAGGCAACCCAUCGUGUCAUUAUGAUUGCUAACAGAACUCAUUGUCCCAUUUAUCUGGUUAAUGUGUCCAGCAUGUCUGCAGGAGAUGUUAUUGCAGCUGCUAAGAUGCAAGGGAAGGUUGUCCACGCAGAGACAACCACAGCCCAUGCUGUGCUGAACGGACUGCAUUACUAUCACCAGGACUGGGCACAUGCGGCAGCCUACGUCACUGUGCCUCCACUUCGACUGGACCCAAACACGCCAAACUACAUCAUGAGCCUGCUUGGCAAUGACUCUGUAAACGUUGUAGCCUCAGACCACCGUCCCUUCACCACCAAGCAGAAAGCAAUGGGGAAGGAAGACUUCACUAAAAUCCCACAUGGCGUCAGUGGUGUUCAAGACAGGAUGAGUGUUAUCUGGGAAAGAGGAGUGGUGGGAGGCAAGAUGGAUGAAAACCGCUUCGUUGCCGUGACGAGUUCCAACGCUGCGAAGAUUUACAACCUGUACCCGAGGAAGGGCAGGAUCAUCCCCGGGGCUGACGCAGACGUCGUGGUCUGGGACCCAGACGCCACAAAGACCAUCUCAGUGAGCACCCAGGUGCAGGGCGGGGAUGUCAACCUGUAUGAGAACCUGCGCAGCCAUGGAGUGCCGCUGGUCACCAUCAGCCGUGGGAGAGUGGUCUCCGAGAACGGGGUGUUCAUGUGUGCUGAGGGGACCGGCAAAUUCUACCCACUCAGGACCUUCCCUGACUUCCUGUACAAGAAGAUGGUACAAAGAGAAAAGUGCCAAACCCUGAAGGGUGUGGAGCGUUCUCCAUACGCUGGCGACGUGGCAGUGGUCUCAACUUCCGGGAAGGAGUCGGGACCCCCGGACGGUGACGCUGCAGCCAGACCUUCAACAAGGCAUGGAGGCAUGAGGGACCUGCACGAGUCCAGCUUCAAUUUAUCUGGUACCCAAACUGAUGAUCAUGUUCCAAAGAGAUCUUCUGCCAGGAUUCUGGCUCCCCCUGGUGGCAGGUCCAGCGGAAUUUGGUAACCAUGGAAACCCCUCAAACUUGGGACCAAAUACAGCAGCGAAUUCCAAUACAAUAUCGCUACUGGGUCACAACACUGAAAUCAUUGUCUUAACUAACUGAAGGAGGAACAAAAAACACUGCACUGAUUUUUAUACCGUGCUUAGAAUAUCCUAAACAGAUACUGUACUUUAAAAACUUUUAAAAGAGAAAGGCACUUCAUUUUCUAAUUGGACACAAACUAGAAUUAGCUGCUUAGGGACUGAUUAAAACAAUGUGUAUUUGGAAGAUUGGCUGCUGACACUGUAUGUGAUAAACAAUGAAGACGAUGUCCCUGGCUGUAAUGUUAACGUGUUUUUAGGAAGGAAAUUUUAAAUUAAUGUUGAUAAGGAAAGGCCGAUAAAAUAAAAGUUCAUUCAAAUAUUUGUUUGUUUGUUUUCUGGAGGUUCAGCACUUAGUAAAUCUGUCAGUAAAAUAUCUCUAGCCAGAAUGUUUUUUUGUUUGGGUGCUACAGUGCAGUGUGUGUUGAUUGGGGUUAUGUGGCAGUACUAGAAGCGGAACAAAACAUAGUGCUUUUCCUGUAUAGUGCGCUUUGUCAUGGUGUCUCCUUGUUACUCCAAAUGCCUUGAAAACAGUAUGUCAAAGUCCUGAAAAAUAUGAGUUUCUUUAUUUAAUAAAUGGGAAUGUUAGCCAAGAAAACAUAGUUUCAACAUGUAUUUAAUUUACUUCAUGAAGUCCUUUAUUUUAAACAUCCCUGUUAAAGAAGUGAUGCCCAUUCAUUACCUCUUGUUAGCUUCAGCAACCCCACUCCCUACGGGCAAGACGAUUAAUAUUGAGAUACAAAUAUCAAAACCACAAUACACUGUACUUUCAUGCAUUUUGUGCCCAUUGUCUGAUUGGACCAGGAAGAGUUAAUAUUAGUCAUUGUUUUGUUUUUCAUUUCAAAACCCUGCUGCUUCCAGCACAAAAUGCUAUCCCACACCAAGAUGACUGCCCCUCAGGUUUUUGUUUUUAAUGAGCCCCAGUGGGAUAUCAUCAGAAGUGCUAAUCCACAUGGUUCAAUUUGUAAAUCUAAACUCAAUUACAAACAACCAUGUAAGCAGUGUAAUCUGUGGUAUAAUUAAAAAAAUAUUUUCAUUUUUUUUCUUCAGAUUAGUUUCAGUGGGUUAUCUUUAUAUUGGCCAAAUCUCUUUGGAUAUCUGGCACAUUUCAGGCUUUAUAUACCAGUAACAGUCUUUGUAAUAUUCCGUAUUCCUUUGAAUUUAAGACAUACUUCAUAAACUAAGCCUACAUCUUAAAUUUGAGUUUAGUAUAGUGAUGCGUGCAUUAAAAUUGCCAACAAAAGAUGUGACAGCCCCACUACACAAACAGCACCGUGACUGACUGGCAGUCGAAGGGUUCUGUGGUAGUUAUCCUGCUCGAUGUAAACAAAGCAAGCUUUCGCUCAGCGCCCGCCUGUGUAGCUAUGGCGGUGAUGCAGUAGCCUCGAAUUGGCGCUGCUGCGUUCUUAAACAGGCAUAGGCUCCCCGGACACACCCACCAGCCAAUCAGGACCUCUUGAUCAGCUCAGCUCCGGGCAAGCCUUCCUGUUCACCACAGCUGUCACAAAGCGUCAUUUGAAAAAAAGCUUUUGCAAUUUCAGCGUUUCGUCAUUAGGCUUAGUUCUAAUUUCUACUUGCCAAGCAGUACCACAGUUCACAGAAAGGGAGAAAAACGUGUGCGAGUAAUCACAACUGGAAAAGAAGCCACGCAUAGCUGUAAUGCUCCGUGUGACAGCAGACAGCUGCAAACUGCCUCCUUAUGUUGUUUUCUUAUAUGAGUAAAUGCAUCUUUGUAAAUAUAUUUUAUUUUAUUUCUUUUUUUCCCUCAAGUUGAGGGUGGGAAAUUUGGGCUGCAUUUUAAUGUCACUUGAUCUGAUUGCCAGCAAUUGAAGUGAAUCCAACAUACAGCACGUAAAUAAUUAGAUACCAGGAAGCAACAGCCAGGGUUCAUCUGUUGUGUUGUACAUUAAAUAAAUAUGCAUAAUCAAUGAAAAAAAAAAAAAAAAAUUAAAUAAGCAAAGAACUGCAAGCCUGUGCUAAUAUGAGGUAAAACCCUUAUUUGGGUAUCACUGUCUAUUUGGAUCCUUAUAGUAAUGGAGAACAAAAGAUUAGUGUCACUUUUGCAUUUCUAUGAUAAAAGGAAGUCUUUUUUAUCCAUCGCAGAGCACCUUUCGUGCCAUUCUUGUGAUGAGUAUUGAUGACGAACAAAAAAACAUGGAAAUUCAUCAGUUCAGGACAGGCAUUCUUAUGGGUUAAAGGCUCUGAAACGAAAUGAAAAACUGUAUGAACAUCAUUUAGAUGUACUAUUUAAUGUCAUGUUAAUCAAAGAAACAACAAAAUGAUACAGCAAAAUUAUUCUCAAGAAAAUGUUUGAAAACACUAAAUAUUUUUACAAAAUUCUUUUAAAUGGAUUAAAAAGGCCAGUCCACAUGUUGACGUGUUUUUGAAUGCACGUUAACAUGGACGUUUUCAAAAUAAUAUUGGAGUAACAAUAAUCGUACAACAAAUACAGACUUGUUGAGCAAGAUAUAUUUGUUAAAUUAAUGUCAGCUUGAUAACUUUGUAUGCUGAAAAAGGAAUGGCUAGUUUGCAUGGAAACUGACUGGUGCUGGUCUCUUUAACACAAACAACAAAUAGGGUAAAGUGGUUGUUGCUUUGUUUUUAACAGGACAGUUCUUUUAAUAUCACUAGCUAUGAAAAAUACAGUUUAGGAUGCUAUACAGUUUUCCUUAGUGUAUGCUGGUACGUUAUUCAACUGCAUGGUUUAUCUUGAAAAAAUAAAGAACUGCAAAAACAUGUAGUAUCCUAUAUUACUUCAAAGAUUACCGGUAUAGAACAACUGUACCGAACUGUAGAAUGAAAAAUCGAACAGUAGUACCUGAACUGAUUUUGCAAAAAAGUUUUACAUUAGUUUAAAUAUUCAUUAGCAAUCUGUUGUUCGUUGUAAUGGUUUGAGCUUCACACUGCUGUCUCCGUUACCCAGAGUUUUUAUUUUUCUUGUUAACUGCUUCAUCCGUCUAGCUUCUUCAUGUUAACUUGUAUAAUGCUAGCUUAUAAACUGUACUUCCACGUGGAUUGUCCACAUGUUGGCUACUUACUACAGUAUCUUCAAAGACGUCUUGGGAACGAUGCAGUUUUUAUUACCGGCCAGGCAUUCAUCAAAUGUGUCUGUAGUUCAUGUAAAACAACCAGGGCAAGGGUCAACAAAUUAACAGUGUUACUGGACAGCAUGAAAUGAACUUCAUUUUGCAGGAGAUAAAGUGGUCACGUCAUUUCUAAAAACAAACAGGAUGUUUAUUUUGAUUUGAUAAGCUGGAAUCACAAACAUCACUAUGGAAUGGGGAGUUUGUGUAUGUCCAUAGAUUUACUGCAUGGAAUAAUUCCAUCCAUGAUUCCUAAGGCACGUCAAUGUAAUAAACCACUUGUUUUUUGUUUUUUGAACCAGCGGAUGGAGUUAAUUUGUCAUGUCUUGUUUGGGUCAUAAUUAAAUUAAUGGAUACAGAAA